AUGAUUCCUCCCAAUCGUGGCAACAUUCCAGGCGCUGGCCUAGAUCCGAAUAAGAGUGAUUACAAUGCCAUGGACAGCUGGACGGCUAAAACAGAAGUCCAAUCCAUGGAGACCUUGAAAGAGCACGCCGUUAAGCUUCCUCGCAAUGGGAUGAAGUUGAAGUUAGGGCUUCCUGAAUGCCAAGACUCGAAACACAUGGCUUAA